GACUUCUGCCCCUCCCCCCUUCUUGCCUCCAGAGAACCACCACGGUUAACAGUGAGAGACCUGUGUGGGUGGCGUUAUGUGCCAGCUGGGCUCAGUCAGGAUAACUGUGGUCUGCUUCCUGUGCAAGGAGUUUCAGGACAGCCUCACACAGUAGAACAAGGAAUUACUCACUAAACACCUGUUUUUGCCACCACACCUUUAUGUCAGGCAUGUUCACUUAAGGUGUGGUUGCAUGUAGCUGAUGGAUGUGUGAGCUGUGUUCCUCAUUCCACAGAUGUGGACAUAAAACUAUACAAGCGAUGUGGCACUGCUGCUCUUUGUGGCCAGUGUGUUCAAUAUUCACCAGCUGACCGAACACAGGUCAGGUCACAGAAAGGAGGACAUUCACUGGUGCCACUGGGAAUACUGGACUACUGGAUGCCACUUCAACCUGCUGAUUCCAUAUUAUAAACUGUGCAUAUAGAGGAGCUAGGACUCAAACAGAAACUAACUGUAAGUGAGCUUUCUGGAUUGACUGGGUUCUGCUUUCAUUUUUCUGCCUGCUGUGUUUCCUGCUUCACUCAGCAACAAAAUGUCCUCUCACUUAGAAAAGGAUCUGUCCUGUCCCAUCUGCCAUGACAUCUUUAAAGACCCUGUGGUCCUGUCAUGUAGCCACAGUUUCUGUAAAGACUGUGUGAAGAGAUGGUGGAGAGAGAAAAUCAUUCAGGAGUGUCCAGUAUGUAAGACAAUACCUUUGCUGAGUGAUCCUCCUCGUAAUCUGGUGUUAAACAACCUGUGUGAGUCCUUUGUACAGAGGAGAGAUCAGACAUCUUCAGCAGGGUCUGAGCCUCUCUGCAGUCUGCACUCAGAGAAACUCAGACUCUUCUGUCUGGACGAUCGGGAGCCAGUAUGUGUUGUCUGCAGAGAUUCAAAAACACACAACAACCACAGAUUCAGACCCAUCGAUGAAGCAGCACAGGAUCGCAGAGAAGAGCUUCAGAAAUCUCUGAAAUCUUUACAAGAGAAACUGAAGCUCUUUGAACAAGUUAAAGGAAACUGUGAUCAAACAGCAGAACACAUUAAGGUCCAGGCCCAACACACAGAGAGGGAGAUUAAGGAGCAGUUUAAGAAGCUUCACCAGUUUCUACAACAGGAAGAGGAGGCCAGGAUCACUGCUCUGAGGGAGGAAGAGAAGCAGAAGAGUCAGAUGAUGAAGAACAAGAUUGAGGCUCUGAGCAGAGAGAUAGCAGCUCUGUCAAACACAAUCAGAGCCACACAAAAGGAUCUGAGAGCUGAAGACGUCUCAUUCCUGCAGAACUACAAGGCUGCAGUCAAAAGAGUCCAGCAGUGUCCCCUGCCGGAUGAUCCACAGCUGGUCUCAGGAGCUCUGAUAGAUGUGGCCAAACACUUGGGCAACCUGACCUUCAACAUCUGGAACAAGAUGAAGGAGAUGGUCUCCUACACUCCUGUGAUUCUGGAUCCAAACACUGCUCCUCCAGACCUCAUCCUGUCUGAAGAUCUGACCAGUGUGAGACAUGGAGAGACACAAAAGCUUCCUGACAAUCCAGAGAGGUUUGGCUAUUAUCAGAUUGUCCUGGGCUCAGAGGCCUUUAACUCAGGGUCUCACAGCUGGGAUGUUGAUAUUAAACAUGACAAAUUCUGGGCCCUAGGUGUGGUACGGGAGUCCUUCUGGAGAAAGGGAAAAAUACUGACUGGAUUCUGGGAAAUAUGUCUCCUGGAUGGAAAAUACAUAGCAGCCUCACCACCACUCACAGAUAAAGUUCUGUCAGUGAAGAAGAAACUCCAGAGGAUCAGAGUUCAUCUGGACUGUGACAGAGGAAAGCUGUCGUUCUAUGAUCUUGAUACUAACACACACAUACACAUCUUCACACACACUUUUACUGAAAGGGUGUUUCCAUACAUUGUCAACACGAAUGAAAUCCCACUGAAGAUAUUACCUGUGAAAGUCUCUGUAACAGUUGAACAGGACACAGUCCCUGCAUUAAUAGGCCUAUUAUCUGGUUUUUAAAUUAGUUAAGCAUGCUAUGUAUUAUUAUUUUCAGGUUAAGUAGAGUGUUACAUCCCCUAGGGGAAAUAGGAUAGCCACAGUUCAACAAAGAAAACUGAGGAAGAGUCAGAGUAGUGGAUAAUACAAAAUUAUUUAAUCCUAGUUGCUCUCAAGUCACAGAGGGUUACAACAGUGUGGGGGAGGAUGAGCCAAAUAAGGUUGUGCCAAAUAAAUGAAACCAAUAAAACAAAACCAGGCCUGAAUACUGACAUUUGAAUUUUUUAGAAUACAAUAUAUAUUAUAUAACAGUAUAUUUGCAGAUACAAAUUUUGUGUAAUUAAUGUAAAACAAUCAAUAUUGUAAUAAAUGUGUCUUAAAUUUGAUAAUUAAAAAAAAAAAACUGUGGCCAAGAUGUACUCUGCAAGACAUUCUAGAGUUGAGAAAAAUAAACUUAGAAAAUGAACUAAGUCAUGGAGACACUGUUUCCAAAUUAUCUUAACUGUAAUUCUGACAUUUCUUGUUACUUAUUGAUUGACAUGUACAAAGAUAUUGUUGAUAAAUCCGUGAUAAUCCUGCUGAUUUAUUGGUAUGAAGCAAGAGAUGUUCAUAAAAAGGAUUCAUGGCAGAUGUAGUAACAAUAAUACCAAUAAUAAUCUACUGAAGGCACCUCUGGCCCAUAGAAGAAACUGUAAAUACAACAAGUAACAGACAAGAUGAAAGAAAUCUUAAAAGUGUGGAAAAUUUCCCUUCACGUGGAGUCUGAUCUGGGGAUACUGAAGAAAUAAAGAUAUUUGGAAGAUUGCACUUU